CAGGGCAGACCACUCUCCGAUCACUCCACUGAGCCGCAGGUCGGGCCGCCUUCAUUGGCCAGAGUCCCGGCAGAGGGAGCCGCUGAUUGGCGGAGAGGGGAGUUACACGUGAACAGAUCCCCCCAGCUGAGAGGCACCUUCAAAAACUAUUAAGAGGAGCGAAUGAACAAUCGGGCUUUCAUUCUCACGCCGGCGUUUUGAUUCAGCUCGGGGGAGUGCAAACGGGAGACGUGAAAAGCGUUAGAAACCACGGUUUACAAAACUAGUUUCUGGGCUAGUGCUGUAAACAGUAAAAUGUUAAUCAUAUAAAUCCACUAAGUUAAAUUGCUGAACAGGCGUCUUUAUCAUACUUAUGGAGAACAGAGAGUUACUGUUCACGGAGACGCACAUGUCCUAGCCUCAUUCAAGAGUACCCUGCUUCCCUUCAGAAAUACCCGCAGCUAUGAGCGCCACAAGAGUUGUGUUUGGUGGCCCCCCGGUCUCCUCGCCGAUGACGCAGAGAGAGCUGACCAUGCGCCUCUGCCUGAGCCCUCCUCCUCCCCUCUGCUGCUUCCUGAGCUCCUACGAGGAGCUGCGUUCGGCGGGGGUCCCCUCUCUCAAGCCCCUGCGGCCGUGCCUCAUCCCCAAGGCCGGCAGCCAGCAGCCCGGGGAGUGGAUGGAGCCCCACAGCGGCAUCGGGGGCGACGGCACCAGCACCAAGAAGAAGCGCGUGGUCUUCGCUGACUCCAAGGGGCUGUCCCUGACGGCCGUGCGCUUCUUCUCCGAGCGCGAGGGCGGCUGCCUGGACCUGCGUCUGGAGCAGCAGAUCGGGCAGGCGAGGAGGAGGUGGAGGGGCAGGGCACAGAGCCCCGGGCUCCAGGAGCGCCAGGGAAGCAGGUUCAGUCUGGGGUUCCCUCAGCCCUCCGUCGACUACCUGGCCUUCCGCGACCAGCUCCAGCGCAACCUGGUGCGCCUGGAGAACUGCUCCGUCAACGAGCGCUCCCUCAGCGGCACCGUCCGGGUGAAGAACGUGGGCUUCCACAAGGAGGUCCGCGUCCGCAUCACCUUCGACUCCUGGCACAGCCACCGGGACCUGCCCUGCUCCUACAUGCACCAGACCUACGGGGGGGCCGACAGCGACAGCUUCGCCUUCGACAUCCCCCUCCCUGAACACCCGGACCCCCGGGAGCGCAUGGAGUUCUGCGUGUCCUUCUGCUCCGGCCCCCACACUGCGUGGGACAACAACGAGGGCAUGAACUUCAGGGUCUUCUGCACGGGAGACGAGCAGCCCCCCGCCCCCUCUUUGCCUCCCCCUCCCCCUCCCCCUCCCCCGAGGCUGCCCUGCAAGCCCCUGGACAAGCUCUCCGAGCUGGAGCCCCUCUCCAGCCCCAGGGCUGCUGCGGAACUGUUUUUCUCUCGGUUCCAGAGCUGGGGGAGGCUUGAGAAGGUGGCACCGUACUGGUAGACGCAUGCAGGAAGAGCAUGUGGGUCUUCAUGAAGAAGGUUGCCUUACAAACCUGCCUUGUUUAGUUUCUUGUGCUGCUGUUUUACCUGGCUCCACCCACCCACUAAACACUGACAGUAUAUAUAUUUUUAAAGGAGUCGGUGGGGGAGGGUGUAGCAGAAGUCUUUAUAAUUUUGUACAUUUUAACAGAAGAUCAUCCUAUUGGGGUUUUAGUGUUCAUGCAGAUUUAUAUUGGGGGGCUGUCUUAUUUUUUUUAUUUUAAAUGACACUAGAUGAUCUCGUCGAGGAUGACUGGCCUUCGAACUAUACAAGAAUGUACUAUAAAUGAAGAAAACAGUAUACUGUAUUAAAAGUGUAAGUAGCGACUCCCAAAUUCUAUAAUGCCUUUUGUUGAGGCAAAUUGGCAUAUGUUAUUUAUAACCACUUUGCUGGCAAUUCCUGUACUUCAGCAACCCCCAGCUCGGUCUAGCAGUAUUGUUGAAUGGAUUGUGUGAGUGGGACGAUUUGGGGAAUAAUCAGCAUUUCGACAGGGGUCCUGUAAACCUCUUUUUUUUUUGUGUUAAUCUUCCAGCUAUGGGAACAGGACCUUUUUGACUUUUAAUUUAAAAUAAAUAAAGUUUUGAAUACUUUUUUUUUUACUUUUAGGCCAGUGUGGAGAUUUGUGAAUGAGAUUUUUAAAAAAAUAAGCCUGCUGUGCAAUAACUAGGGGAUAAGUUGCAAUAUUGACAAUGUUAAUGAUUGUUUCACAUUUUACAGAAACUUUAUCAAUAAAUGUGUUGAAAAAUCCUAAGCUUUGUGUGUGAUCAAGUAAAACGGAUUGAGGGGGUCCCUGAAUCCAGUUAAUGGGGCUCUGGACUCUUGACCGGAGGGUCGUGGGUUCAAUCCCAGGUGGGGGACUCUGCUGCUGUACCCUUGAGCAAGGUACUUUACCUACAUUGCUCCAGUAAAAACCCAACUGUAUAAAUGUGUAAUUGUAUGUAAAAAUAAUGUGAUAUCUUGUAACAAUUGUAAGUCGCCCUGGAUAAGGGCGUCUGCUAAGAAAUAAAUUAUAAAAAUAAUUGGUCACUCAAAAAUAAAGUUUCUAGCUUCAGAA